CUGCGCAGCUCGAGUGCGCCUCGGAGCCCACCAGGGCGGCCGCUGGACUCACGGACCCGGGGACCGACAGAGCCCGGAAGCCGCGCCGCCCGCCAGGUUCCUGACUGACGAACUUACUCACAGAGAGCUGGUUGUGGACAGAAGAGGGAGCCUAGACAUGGAGGAGAAGGACUACUGUGAGGCUGAUGGCCUGUCAGAGAGGACGACGCCCAGCAGGGCUCAGAAAUCGCCCCAGAAGAUUGCCAAGAAAUACAAGAGUGCCAUCUGCCGGGUCACUCUGCUCGAUGCCUCCGAGUAUGAGUGUGAGGUGGAGAAACAUGGCCGGGGCCAAGUGCUGUUUGACCUGGUAUGUGAGCAUCUCAACCUCCUGGAGAAAGACUACUUUGGCCUGACCUUCUGUGAUGCUGACAGCCAGAAGAACUGGCUGGACCCCUCCAAGGAAAUCAAGAAGCAGAUCCGGAGUAGCCCUUGGAAUUUUGCCUUCACAGUCAAGUUCUACCCCCCUGACCCUGCCCAGCUGACAGAAGAUAUCACAAGAUACUACCUGUGCCUGCAGCUACGGGCAGACAUCAUCACAGGCCGGCUGCCCUGCUCCUUUGUCACUCAUGCCCUGCUAGGCUCCUACGCUGUGCAGGCAGAGCUGGGUGACUACGAUGCUGAGGAGCAUGUGGGCAACUAUGUCAGUGAGCUCCGCUUCGCCCCUAACCAGACCCGGGAGCUGGAGGAGAGGAUCAUGGAGCUGCACAAGACCUAUAGGGGAAUGACUCCAGGAGAAGCUGAAAUUCACUUCCUAGAGAACGCCAAGAAGCUUUCCAUGUAUGGGGUAGACCUGCACCAUGCCAAGGACUCUGAGGGCAUUGACAUCAUGUUAGGUGUUUGUGCCAAUGGGCUGCUCAUCUACCGAGACCGGCUGAGAAUCAACCGUUUUGCCUGGCCCAAGAUUCUCAAGAUCUCCUACAAGAGGAGUAACUUCUAUAUCAAGAUCCGGCCUGGGGAGUAUGAGCAGUUUGAGAGCACAAUAGGCUUCAAGCUCCCAAAUCACCGUUCAGCCAAGAGACUGUGGAAGGUCUGCAUUGAGCAUCACACAUUCUUCCGGCUGGUGUCCCCUGAGCCCCCACCUAAGGGCUUCCUGGUGAUGGGCUCCAAGUUCCGGUAUAGUGGGAGGACCCAGGCACAGACCCGCCAGGCCAGCGCCCUUAUCGACCGGCCUGCACCCUUCUUUGAGCGUUCCUCCAGCAAACGGUACACGAUGUCUCGCAGCCUUGAUGGAGCGGAAUUCUCUCGCCCAGCCUCAGUCAGCGAGAACCACAAUGCAGGACCCGAUGGUGACAAGAGGGAGGAGGAUGGAGAGUCUGGUGGGCGGCCAUCAGAGACUGAUGAAGGAGAGGUCAGGACCCCCACCAAGAUCAAGGAGCUGAAGUUCUUGGACAAGCCAGAGGACGUCUUACUGAAGCAUCAAGCUAGCAUUAAUGAGCUCAAGAGGACGCUGAAGGAGCCCAACAGCAAGUUAAUCCACCGGGAUCGAGACUGGGAGCGUGAGCGGAGGCUGCCCUCCUCGCCUGCCUCCCCAUCCCCAAAGGGCACCCCUGAGAAAGCCAACGAGAGAGCAGGGCUGAGGGAGGGCUCGGAGGAGAAAGUCAAACCACCACGUCCCAGGGCCCCAGAGAGCGACACAGGAGACGAGGACCAGGAUCAAGAGAGGGAUGCGGUGUUCCUGAAGGACAACCACCUGGCCAUUGAGCGCAAGUGUUCCAGCAUCACAGUCAGCUCCACGUCCAGCCUGGAGGCCGAGGUGGACUUCACAGUCAUUGGCGACUACCACGGCAGCGCCUUUGAAGACUUCUCUCGCAGCCUGCCUGAGCUUGACCGAGACAAAAGUGAUUCUGAGACCGAGGGCCUGGUGUUCUCCCGGGACCUCAGCAAAGGGGCUCCCAGCCAGGAUGAUGAGUCUGGGGAAAUCGAGGACAGCCCAGAUCGAGGGGCCUGCUCCACCCCGGACCUGCCCCAGUUUGAGCCAGUGAAAACAGAAACUAUGACUGUUAGCAGCCUGGCAAUUAGGAAGAAAAUUGAGCCAGAGUCUGUGUUGCAGACCAGAGUGACUGCUGUGGACACCAGCCAGGAGAACAAUCUCAAGUCCGGGAAGGGGGCAGCUGCUACGAUCCCAGGCCCACAGACGGUGGCCACGGAAAUCCGUUCUCUUUCUCCGAUCAUCGGGAAAGAUGUCCUCACCAGCACCUACGGCGCCACCGCGGAAACCCUCUCAACCUCCACCACCACCCAUGUUACCAAAACUGUGAAAGGAGGGUUUUCUGAGACAAGGAUUGAGAAGCGAAUCAUCAUUACUGGGGAUGAAGAUGUUGAUCAAGACCAGGCUCUGGCUUUAGCCAUCAAGGAGGCCAAACUGCAGCAUCCUGACAUGCUGGUAACCAAAGCUGUCGUAUACAGAGAAACAGACCCCUCCCCAGAGGAGAGGGACAAGAAGCCACAGGAAUCCUGACCUCUGUGAAGAGCUGCUGGCAUUCCUGGUCCAACCCAAGCCAGAGAAUCGUAAAGAAGGGGCCUUUACUCUGGAUUCUCCGACUCAACACCGAUGUCCCAGCGGCGACGUACUGUCACUGAUGAGAGACUGGGAAAGGAAAAGCAUAUAUAUAUAUAUAGAUAUAUAUAGAUUAUAGAUAUAUAUACAGGAAACACCGCGUCCUUGCACUGCUGCUGGGGCUGGCGGACCAGUCAGCAACAGCAACAACCAACAUCAGAACACUUAACAUUUUCCUUUGCAGACAAAUCAAAGAAUUGAUGGGAUUUUUUCAAGGGAUGGGGAUGGGAAGUAUGACAACAAUAAUCCCUGGCUCCCUUACUCCCCUAUCCCUGCCGAACAACAAAAGCAAGCCAGACCGUUGUGAUUGUAGAGAUACACCAUGACUCUGGUUCUGCACGUUACAUUUAAUGGACACGCAUCCCAUUUGUUCUUCUCCAGCGUCUGUCGCCCACUUGAAUGCAAAGGAAAACACUUUGGCAGCCAAGCAAGAAAAAUUGCAGCAGCAAGACACGCGCAGUCAAACGUUUUCCAAGGAAGAAAAUUCCCCAUGUAGAAAGGAGGAGGGGGAGGAACACUGGAUUAUUAUUUUUCAGGUCUUGACACUGGGCUGCAAAAAUCCACCUUCCUUUCUACCGCCUUCCUUCACCCUUGACUCUCAUGCGUCUCGUCGUCAUUUUCUGUCUCAGCUCCUUCCUUCCAUUCACCGAGCCCCUGCCCCUCACCCUCUGUGUCCUGGUCCUGCUGAGAGCCACUGCGGAUGACUCUCAUUUGAAAUGAGAAAAAGAAAGAAAGCAAGAACAGAAAAGCCAGCCACAGAAGGGAAGUAGACAUUGUAUGUUUAUGGUUUCUCAUGAUGAAGGUGCAGCUUGUAGGAGAUUUGUAUGGAUGUGCUUUUUAAUUUAUGUAUAUUACAGAUAACAGGAAAAACAAACAUGAAAAUAAACAGUGCUGGUAAGUAUGA